AUGCCUACCCGUUUCUCCAAGACCAGAAAGCACCGUGGCCACGUCUCGGCCGGUAAGGGUCGUGUCGGCAAGCACCGCAAGCAUCCCGGUGGUCGUGGUAUGGCCGGUGGUCAGCACCACCACCGUACCAACAUCGACAAGUACCACCCUGGUUACUUCGGUAAGGUUGGUAUGCGGUACUUCCACAAGCAACAAAACCACUUCUGGAAGCCCGUUGUCAACUUGGACAAGAUCUGGUCCCUCGUCCCCGCUGAGACCCGCGAGGCCUACCUGUCCGGCGAGAAGAAGGAUACCGUCCCCGUCAUCGACCUCCUUCCCCUCGGCUACUCCAAGGUCCUCGGCAAGGGCCGUCUCCCCGAAGUCCCCUUGGUUGUCCGCGCACGAUGGGUUAGCAAGCUCGCCGAGAAGAAGAUCACUGAGGCUGGCGGUGUCGUCGAGUUGGUUGCGUAA